AUUAAAUUCUACGCUUAAAUAUAUUUUAAUCAUUUUCUGUCUGUUUAAUGGAAACAACUACGAAUCACUAAAAUACACUAUUAAUGAAUAGUGUGUGAGUUGGCCUAAAAAUUUACAAAGUUCAUAUCUGUUUAAAUUUGUGUUACAAUCAUGCAACACCAUCCGGGAUCUUGGUACCUCCCUUGGGGAGUUCCUUUACAAAAAAUGGUUGCAGUACCAUUGCACCAGAUGCAUCCUGCUGCUGCAGCAGCCGCUUUGCAUCCAGCCUUACACCCUGCACUUGUCGGGUUGGCCCAUGCUCCGCUUACCCUGCGCACCUUCGUCACGGGCGGUGCUGCCGGCCCGGGCGCCUGUGGUGGCGUGGGUCAUCAUCAGCCUCCGCAUGCAUCGGCGGCUGUCGCGGCAGCGGCUGCAGCAGCGGCGGCCGCUGCGGCUGCGGCUGCCGGAGGGACGGCUGGAGCAGGGAACCAGAUGGGGCAGAGGAUGACGACAGUCGCUAAUGGAAGAAAGGUUUUAUUGGGUGAUAAAGAAAAAUCUUCAAAACUUAUCCCGAGCGAAAAAAGGAAAGCUGACGAUGGAGAACCGAAUAAAGAUCUUAAAAAGGCAAAGCUAGAGACCAAAGCACUGAAAGCAAAAAGACCAGGAUUUACAGAUGAUAGAUAUAAUGAAACGUCGUACUAUAUCGAGAAUGGUCUGCGGAAGGUCUACCCUUACUAUUUUACAUUCACGACGUUCACGAAAGGGCGUUGGGUCGGCGAGAGGAUUUUGGACGUGUUUUCUCGCGAAUUCAGGGCUCAUCCCGCCGAGGAGUACGAGCGAUGCAUCACAGCCGGAACUCUGACCGUCAAUUAUGAAAAAGUAUCCACGGAUUAUAGGCUCAAACAUAACGACUUACUGGCCAACAUAGUACACAGACACGAGGUGCCUGUGACGAGUCAAAGGAUCGCCAUUGUGCACAUGGACGAGGACGUUGUUGUGGUCAACAAACCUGCCUCCAUACCUGUACACCCUUGUGGACGAUAUCGUCAUAACACAGUAGUUUUCAUUCUCGCCAAAGAAUUCAACCUGAAAAACUUGCGCACCAUCCACCGCCUGGACAGGCUUACCUCAGGCUUAUUGUUAUUUGGAAGAAGCCCUAAAAAGGCACGCCAGAUGGAGCACCAAAUAAGAAACAGACAAGUUCAGAAGGAAUACGUGUGCAGGGUCGAAGGAGAAUUUCCAGAUGAAAUGAUUGAAUGCACAGAACCUAUAGAAGUCGUCAGUUACAAAAUCGGAGUUUGUAAAGUAUCACCUAAAGGAAAAGAUUGCACAACAUAUUUCCAGAAAAUUGGUUUCAACGGAACAACCAGCGUUGUACUUUGCAAACCGAAAACUGGUCGAAUGCAUCAAAUAAGGGUGCAUCUUCAAUACUUAGGGUAUCCCGUAGUGAACGAUCCUUUAUAUAAUCACGAGGUGUUCGGUCCGAUGAAAGGUCGUGGCGGUGACCUUGGAGGCAAAACCGACGAACAAUUGGUCCACGACCUCAUUAAUAUACACAAUGCAGAAAAUUGGUUGGGAAUGGAUGGCGAUAGCGAUGGCGGUUUGUCCCUGUUGCGGCCCCUUAAAGAUAUUGAGCCCCAGGCUUCAGGAGACGAAGACUGCUCACGUGAACCCUCACCUUGCGCCGAUAGUCCUAUACCACCCGUCACGCCUGUCGAGUUAUCAGCAGGCGCGUCUGCAUACUACAAUCUGCCAGAACAGAAUAGUCCACCAUUAGCAUCUCCACCUGUUAGUUCUCAAACCCCUUGUAAUAUUGGAAUGACUUCUAUUAUGCCAAGAUCCGCAAGGAUUCAGUCUAAGGUGACAGUGGCAACGCAAACUGGACACGAAGCUCCGGAUCUAGCAUUUAGUCCUGAAAAAAUGACUACAGAUAAGCAUUGCUACGAAUGCAAAGUCCGUUAUAGGGAUCCAAAACCUAAAGAUCUCAUCAUGUACCUGCACGCUUGGAAAUAUAGAGGACCAGGUUGGGAAUAUGAAACAGAAUUACCUGAUUGGGCUCGGGUAGAUUGGACAGAUGUAGAUCAAGAAUAGAACAAUAUCUAAUUACUUGAUCAUGUUUUUAAAUUUCAUAUGACUUUUAAAUAAAUUGAAGACCUUCGCAGCAAAGACAACUGAAGACAGAUAAAACUAUAACCAUUACGCAGUUGUAUAAACUUCAUGAAAUAGUAUUUAAGAUUGUUGAUAAGUUUACAGAAUAAGAAUUUUUUGUUAAACUA